AAUUAUUCUCCGGCCAGGUCAAACGUGAGAAUAGUAGCAACUUUUGUGCGUUAGGGUUCCGAUUUGACUGGAGUCAACUCAAUCGGAGACGGAGAGAAAGAAGAUCCGAGCAUCCAAUCACAGCGGGGAAAGGCGGAGGAGUAAUGGAAGAGCUUCCGAGCAUAACCGUGAGUCAGCGCGAGCAGUUUCUGGUGGAGAACGAUGUGUUUGGGAUGUACAGUUACUUUGACACCAGUGACAUCUCUACUCAGAAAUUCAUGGUGGAGAUUCAGCGAGAUAAGCAGCUGGAUUAUCUGAUGAAUGGCUUAAGGCAGCUAAGCCCGUCGUUUUCGUCCUUAGAUGCUAAUCGACCAUGGGUUUGCUACUGGAUCAUUCAUUCAAUUGCUUUGCUUGGGGAGUCUUUGGAUGAUGAGUUAGAAAACAAUACCAUCGACUUUCUUGGACGUUGCCAGGGUUCUGAUGGUGGAUAUGGUGGUGGUCCUGGCCAACUUCCACAUCUUGCAACAAGUUACGCUGCAGUGAAUACACUUGUUACUUUAGGAGGUGACAAAGCCUUUUCUUCAAUUAACAGAGAACAAAUGGCUUGUUUCUUAAGACGAAUGAAGGAUACAAAUGGAGGCUUCAGGAUGCACAAUAUGGGAGAAAUAGAUGUGCGAGCGUGCUACACGGCGAUUUCGAUUGCAAGCAUCCUGAACAUUUUGGAUGAUGAACUCACCCGAGGCUUAGGAGAUUACAUCUUGAGUUGCCAAACUUAUGAAGGUGGCAUUGGAGGGGAACCUGGCUCUGAAGCUCAUGGUGGGUACACCUACUGUGGGUUGGCUACUAUGAUUUUAAUCAGUGAAGUCGACCGCUUGAAUUUGGAUUCAUUAACGAAUUGGGUUGUAUAUCGACAAGGAGUAGAAAUGGGAUUCCAAGGCAGGACGAACAAAUUGGUCGAUGGUUGCUACACCUUUUGGCAGGCAGCCCCUUGUGUUCUACUACAGCGAUUUUUUUCAGCUCAGGAUCUGGUACCUCAUGGAUCAUCACAUAUGUCACAAGGGACAGAUGAAGAUCACGAGGGACAUGCUCAUGAUGAUGAUCCUGAAGACAGUGAUGAAGAUGAUUCUGAUAACGAUAGCGAUGAAGAUUCAGGGAAUGGUCACCAAGUUCAUACAUCUACCUACUACAUUAACAGGAAAAUUCAACCUGUUUUUAAUAGCCUCGGCUUGCAAAGAUAUGUGCUCUUGUGCUCUAAGGAUGCUAAUGGUGGAUUCAGAGAUAAGCUGAGGAAACCCCGUGACUUCUACCACACAUGUUACUGUCUAAGCGGUCUUUCCGUGGCUCAACACGCUUGGUCAAAAGACGAGGACACUCCUCCUUUGACUCGUGACAUUUUGGGUGGCUACGCGAACCACCUUGAACCUGUUCACCUCCUACACAACGUUGUCAUGGAUCGGUACAACGAAGCUAUCGAGUUCUUCCAUAGAGCAGCAUGACCCCUUCUCGUCACAUACGGGAAACUCCUAAAGCCUGAUUGUAUUUGUAUUGAGAGAGUUUCUCGUUCUGUUGUAUGUGUGUGUUUUCAGCAGAAGUUUUACUAAUAUAACCUAUGGAAGAGUACGAUUAAGUUUGUUUUAAAAUAA